AAUUAGCAACUUGUUAAAGUGCAAAAUUGCAUUACGGUAAGAUCAUUAUUUAUAUUAAAAUAUAUUUAUUUCAGCAUCGAGCCAACGGGCAGCAACAAGUAUUUGGUCUAUGACUUUGAUGGAAAGGGAAAAUGCUGCAUUACUGCUUCCACUAACUACCAUCAGACCGUUUACAUACAUGUCGUUUCCGUUACGAUUUAAAUGUUUUUAUUGUGAUGAAAUUCAUCCAGAACUGGCCACUCUUUUAGAACAUACGAAUAACCACACGGCUCCUGGCCGCACAGAGAUGCUAAAGAGUUUACUGAAAAAAGGUAAAAAAACAAUUAAAGUUGACAUUUCCGAACUCAAAUGUAAACUCUGUAACGCACCGUUUCUGAACGUAGAUGAAGCGCGCUGCCAUUUAUCGACGGCACACGGAAAGAAAUUUAAUCCUUCUUCCGGUAACGGAAUGAUUGUUUACAAUUUGAAAACCAAAGAUGGCGCUUUUUCCUGCCACCUGUGCUCGCAGACUUUCACGAGUUUCUUUCUCCUGAACAAACAUAUCAAUGUACAUUUUAAUAAUGCGAUAUGUGAAUUGUGCGGGAAAGGUUUCGUGUCGCACCAAAGGUUAAUACAACAUAAAGAGAUACAUUCGAGAGGGAAAUUUCAUUGUGACAAAUGUAAGAUCUCCUUCGAAAGCCCUUCGAAAUUUAAAUAUCACAACGACAGGUGGCAUAGACAACCGAAAAAAAUUAACAAUAUUUACUACUGUCAACACUGUUCGGCGCGAUUCGAUCACCAUUAUGAAAAAACGCGGCACCUAAGUGAAAGACACGGUAUAAACUUCGAAUAUCCUUGCGACACUUGCAGAUCUGUAUUCAAAAAUAGGAAGACUUUGGCCAGUCAUCAAAUAAAAUAUCACAUACAGAGAAUAAUUUGCGAAAUUUGCAAAAAACCUUUUGCGCAACGUGGGCAUUUGAAGAAACACAUGGCUAUGCAUACUGACGAGAGGAAUUUUCCAUGUCCACUUUGUAAUAAACGGUAUAAGUAUGAGAAAAAUGUUAAGUCGCACAUGCGACUGCAUAAUCCUGAUUGGAAUUUUGCGUGCGCUGAUUGCUGUGUAGGAUUUAGCAACAAAUCUCAAUUUAAGAAACAUGUUAGAGAUGUACAUCAAGAUCAUGUUACUAAUAAACAGUAAAUUUGUAUAAAAUAUUUGUUUUUAUUGAAACUAUAAAAACUAUGUAUAUAACUUAUUAAUUGAGGAGUUAAAUG